AUGGCGAAGAAGGCACUGGCUAAAGAUCAGAUCGUCAAGCUCAUUGUCGGAGCUGGACAAGCCAGUCCCAGUCCCCCAGUUGGUCCAGCCCUGGGUAGCAAGGGUGUCAAGAGUAUGGACUUCUGCAAGGAGUUCAAUGCCAGAACCGCGCACAUCAACACCGGAGUCCCCAUUCCCGCACGAGUCACCGUUCGUCCUGACCGAUCCUUCACCUUCGACCUUCGAACCCCAACGACGACAUAUCUCCUCCUGCAGGCUGCGAACGUGGAGCCCCGCAAGAACCGCAUCCGCGGAGCCAUGAAGCCUGGCCACGAGACCGUCGGCAAAGUGUCCCUGAAGCAUGUCUACGAAAUCGCCAAGAUUAAGCAGUCCGAGACGAGAUUAUCGGGAUUGAGUUUGCAGGGACUGUGCAAGAGUAUUAUGGCGCAGGCAAAGUCGAUUGGCAUCCAGGUUGUGCCUUGA